AUGAAGGUCAUCCUCAUAGCAUUAUUGUUAACUUUCAGCAUGGCAGCUCAUUUUGAUAAAAAAACAAUUCACAAGCAUAUCGAAGACUUGCACAAAUCUAAAUGGGGAUAAACUUUGUUGUCAAUGAUGGCAUUACAUUCAUAAUCACAAGGACCUGUUGAUGAAUUGGUCUAGGCUAUCGAAGACUUAGUUGCUGACUUACAAGAGGAAUUAGAUGUUUUGGAAUUUAAUUUCGGACAAAGAACAAAUGAACAUCACAAAAUUGUGACAACAUUGGAAUAAGAAAUCAAUUAAGCUUUCGUUGAUUAUUAAAGAACUUAAGACACUCUUGAAAACUUACUUUACCCAAGAAGAGAAAAUUUGAAAAACAAAAUUGAAUAAAUUCAAGACUAUUAAGAGGCUAAUAGAAAGACUUUGGCUGAAGCAUAAUUAAAGAGAGAAAAUGAGAAGGAAGAAUUUGAAGCCUAACUUGCAGAUUUUAAUUCAGCUGUAGAGUCAACAGAUCAAGCUUUAGAAUUGCUUUACAGUUUAAGAAACUAAUCUCUUGGAUAAGUGUCAACAUCAAACAUUAGAAAAAUUCAUGUUCAAUUAAACAUGAUUGAAUAAAGAAUCAGAGCUCACAGCAAACAUGGACCAUUAAUAAAGGCUUUAAUUUAAUUAGCAAAUGAAUAAAAUUUCUCAAACUAAGAUAUCGUUGGAACCAUCUUAGACAAAUUGAAUGAAUUUAGAAAUGCUGUUGUAGAUGCAAUCAAUGAUUCCACAGCAUAAGAAGCUAAAGAUUAAUAAGAAUUUGAGGAAAGAGUAGAACAAUUAGAUCAUGAAUUUUCAGAAUUUGGUAAAUAAAUCAGUAAAAUUACAGUCGAUUUAGAAGCUACCAUAACUAAAAUCAAUGAAUUAACUGAAUACUCUGCCUAAAGAGAUGCAGAUAGAUAGAGAUUCUAAUCCCAAUUGAACAUUGAGAAUGAUAGUUAUGCUGAGGAAACUAAAAUAUAUUAAGAUAUGAAAAAUGAGUACAUUAGAGAAUAAGAAGUUGCUGAAUCAGCUGAAAAGGUUGUUAGAAGUGCUGAUUUUUCAAAUAUUAAGAUAUGAUAAUUAUUUUAUUACAAACUCAAUCAAAGAAUAACAUCAAUAAA